AUGCCGGCAACGAAGAAGUCGAGGCCGCGCGCGAAAUCUACGCCUGCGCCCAAAGAGUCAUAUCCCGGCGAAUCCAAAGCCGCCGCCAAUGCCCUCAGCGCUGCAACUGCGGCACACGCCCCUUCCAUGAAGUCCAGGUCACCGACCGAAGCUUCCGGGUCCGUACCGUACACGAACCUCCCUCGCAAUAUGUUCACUGCCGCUCCUGCCAUUGGCCCGGAGGCCGAUGAGCAGAAGAGGGCCGAUGUGCUGCAUGCUUCCGCCGUAGCCAUGGCCAAGAAGAUGUACACUCAGCAACAGAAAAUGGUCGACCAGGCGCGCCAGGCUCACCAGGAGUCUGGCGAAUCGGCUGCUGCCGAUAACCAACCCAAGUCCUAUGUGAACUUACAAGAAGCGGCUUACAAGCUCGCCCAGGAGAGAUUGUCAAGACUGCAUGAGGAACACCAGCGCAACCGAGACUACCAGGAAUAUUAUGGCAACAACGGUCCAGCAUCUCCUCAGCGGAAGUUUACCAUGAAAGGAAAACUUAGGCGGCGGGCCUCAAGCGAUGGUGAUAUCGACGACGACAGGGAGCAGUCAGAGCGGAUCCGAAGACAAAUGUCCAUCUUCUCCAACAGCAUCUCAAAAGUCGACGAGCAGAAGCGUGCCAAGGAUCGCGAAGCUUUACUGGCCGCCGCACAACGAAACGUCAAGGCCCGUUUACAGGGUAUGGAUGAUAAGAUUUCCGCAGAGACGGGCAUGGUUCCACCGAGCACCAUGAGUGAUUGGGAAUACAAGGCCCACCUAGUCGCCCAAGCCAGACACAAUAUCCCGAAUGAGAAUGAAGGCAAAGUCGACAUCGGUGGCGGGAUGUACAUGGAUCCGGCUCUGGUUGACGAGAUUGCUGCAAAGAGGGUGCAACCAGUUCUCGAUGAGAUCAACGAGAAAGCUGCCAUCGAAAGGGAGAGACAGGAACUUGCUAAGGCGGAGGCUGAGUUGAGAAAGAGGGACGAGGAGAAGAGGAAAGAGAGGGACCGAGAGAUCAAGGAGAUCAACCGCAAAAUUAGAGAGUCAGACAAGCAGGAAGAAAAGGAGAGGAAGCAGCGCGAAAAGCAAGAACACAAGGCUAAGAAAGAAGAAGAGAAGGCUGCCAAGGCGGAAGAGAAACGUCUCUCCCACAGCGAAAAGCGCAAAUCAAAGAUGCCAGAGGUUCCGUCUGAGGAUGCCGACGCAAACGUAGAGGCUUCGCAGCACCAGGAGACGAACGACGACAUCGACGCCCCGAUUAGGUCCAGGAGGUCAAGCCAGCACAAGCCAACCAUCAAUACGCAGAAGGAGACGUCCAACAUCAGCGACAGUGCUCGGUCGCCAAGCGAGAGCGGCUCGCCGACACACAAGAUGAAAGAGUGGCUGAAGUCCCGCUUCUCCCGUCCGCGAGGUCGUUCUGCCGCCGGAGAGACCUCUCCCGAAGAGAGGGGAUUCAUUGGCGGCGUCGCGCUCACGCGCAUUGCGAACGAGUCCUCAACGAGCUUGGACGCGCGAUCUGCCAGCAUGAGGGAGGUUGCUAUCGCCGGCACGAGCGGAACCAGGUCCAGGGCGGAGACCUCAACCUCGCUGCCGGCGGGCCGGGGAGAUUUCGGAGGCAGAGCUUUGGACAGUAAGAAUGUGAGCCCCGUGACUUCGGACGAUGAGUCGGAGACGUUUGUUUUGGCGAGGGAUGAUCUCGAGGGUCCCGUGUCGCCGCCACCAACUGGCAAGAUUAGUGCCUCACUCAAGAGUACUAGUCCAACGAGGGACUCACGAUUUCGGGAGAUAAUUUAG